ACUUAUGGUACUAUACUUGAAUUGAUGUUAGCCUCAACUCCUUUGAUUUUGUAUCACCAGGGUCCUCCAGGUCCUCCAGGUUUACCUGGUCCAUCAGGAAAGAGAGGUCCUCGGGGUAUUCCAGGACCACAUGGUAAUCCAGGUUUGCCGGGAUUGCCAGGACCAAAGGGCCCUAAAGGAGACCCAGGAUCUUCCCCAGGGCAAGCCAAACGUGGAGAAAAGGGGGAUCCAGGCCCAACAGGCUUUCCAGGCCCGUUUGGGAUCAAAGGCCAGAAGGGUCUCAAGGGUUAUCUGGGACUGCGAGGGCCACAGGGUGAGCCGGGAAUUCCAGGAAUGGCUGGCAAUACUGGAGCAGUUGGUUACCCUGGCAGGCAGGGUUUAGCUGGCCCAGAAGGUAACCCAGGUCCUAAAGGUGUAAGAGGAUUCAUUGGACCUCCAGGUAUGGCAGGACAACCUGGACCUGAAGGAGAAAGGGGCAUUCCAGGUCUCCAUGGUAAAAGAGGCCCUAAAGGGAGACAGGGUUUUCCAGGUGACUUUGGAAAUAGAGGACCACCUGGUCCGGAUGGGAAUCCUGGUAUCGUUGGUGGUGUUGGUCCUCCUGGAUUUCCAGGACUAAGACUGUUGCAGAGUCCCACCAAGGCGGGGGGAAUUUCAGGUGGCUGCCACCAUUGCUGGCAGUUUGUGCUGCACAGCCCCAUUCCUGCCCCACGCCUGCUCUCCCCAGACGGCUCCCGCGCUCGCAAGUUCUGGCCUCAGUUUUCACGUGGCUCUGUUCAGGCAAAUGCCAAGGGUCAUCCGAAACGAAGUAAAGAGUGA